UUCAGAAAAUAUUACUUAUAUUUCAUAUGUUUCAUUCAUCCUUAAAUUCAUUUCGAGUCAGUUCCAACAUUUCACUCGAUUUAACGUAAUUAAAAUUUUCCUUCGCACGAGUAAAAUUUUCUAACAGUGUAACAACCACGUGCUGUCGAAAGUACAACAGGGCACAAAAGCAGCCGUCGCCCCCUCGAAGUGACAGCAGAAAAGCCAAAGAAGUUUUUAUUGAUGGUGCAGCAGCAGCAGAAGUGAAAAAUGGGACGUAUAACUAGGAAAAAUAAAUCCUCGUGGCGCAAGGACGUCGAUAUUACCGACGUUGAAACAUUCUUGGAAGGGGAACGGCAAAACGAGCGCAUUGGAAAUGUUGCCCUAAAGCCCGAUACGGAACUGUUUGCCGUGGACCGUGCUGACACUGAACGAGCCUCGUUGAAAACCAGCAGGAAAGCAAAGUUUCAGCAGAAUCCCAAAUUCUGUUGGUCACUAGAAAACACUUCCAAAGUGUCCGAUCCGAUUGUUAAACGGAACGUUAAAGUGAAAAAAUCGUCUGCUCCGAGUGGUCGUAAGGUCAAAACAACCGCUCUGGUUAGACCGAAAGCUGUGCGAUCGAAAACUAACCUGUUUAAUGUCGACAUAUGGGAAAAUGAAAACACUACGACUAAAACAGCACCGGCACACAAAAAGCAAAGUACGGUUCCGAAUGUAGAAGUGCCCGCGGCAGGUUCUAGCUAUAAUCCUGCAAUCGAUGAUUAUAAUGAAUUAAAACAAGCAGUUGUUUCGCGGGAACUUAAAUACAUCAAACACGUGAAACACCUUGAGCGAACGGUUACGGCAAAGUUCACCAAGCUUUCUAAAGAGGAUCGGGAGGAAAUGAUUCACAAAGAGAUGUCCGAAGGCCUGUUUGACAAUAAUGAAGAGGCAGAGAGUGACAACAGCGACAACGAGAAAGAAUAUAGUGCGAUAAAUCCUCCGGUUCGUAAUAAGAAAAAAGACCGCAAAACUAGAACCAGGAAGAUUGUAGCGGUGCGAAAACGUGCUGCAGAACUCCAGGUCAAACACGAAAUCAAGAAAUUAAAGGACAUUGCGAGCAUACCGAAGCUAAAUUCAGAAAUUAACAAAAUGCAAUCCAAAACAAAGCAGAAGCAAACUAAUCGAGUCGCACGGGCGGAAGAAAAAUCAAAACUGCCGCGCAGAGUAGCCUAUAUGAAGUUUGAGGAAGCGGAGGAAGAUUUUGCUGAGCCAACCGAACUGGCCGAUGGAUUGCGAACUAUUUUGCCGAACAAAAGUCUUCUGGUAGAUCGAUUCAAAAGCUUCCAGAAGCGAGCCUUGAUAGCACCGAAGAAACACCGCGAUGGAAUACGGCGCACCAAUAAAUCCACACUGAAGAAAUGGAAACGUUUUACGCUGGCCAGUCACAAAGCAACAUAGGAUCGUUUAGCUGAUAGGUUCCGCUUCAAGGCUUCAACGUAAACCCGUUUUUUUCUGUGUCAUUUUCAAGAAGAAUAAUUACUAUUUCUGUUGUGGCAAUAAA